UCCUAUAAUAAUCGCAAUCAAACGGACAGCAGCUAACGAGGCUAUACCUAGACAAGAUUGAAGAAUGACAAUCAGUGUGUCGUAUAUUCUACUGGUACCAUCACUAAUUUUCUUCCUGUCCGUAGUAACUAGCAUUACACCAGACGUAGAGGAUGGAGUUGGGGGCCGUCUAUCCUGGAAACAAUGUAGUUGGACGGGGAGAUACCAUGGAGACUCGAGAGAAAUACAUAAGUGCAAUUUCGCAAUAGAACAUUCUGGCAACUCUCUUCAUGUCGUCUACGCAGGCGUCAACAGAGUCUAUUGUAACGGUUACCACCAAUGUUGUUCCAGAUGGUACUUUACCUUCAAUGGUACUGAAUGUAAUAAUCCCGGACCUAUUGACCUGGUGGUUUUCAAGCGGUACACAGACGACAGUCCCUACAGGACCAGACAAGCGGAAGGAUAUUGUUACAACAUGAACAGUGGAAAGGUAACCGUGGCUCUUCAUGUAGGCCCAUGCGUACCCUGGAGCAAUAGAAUUGAUAAUGCGAACACAGGAUGGUUUGAAAAAUCACCGUCUCGUAUUCUUAUCAGAGAGGUGUACCCGUAUCAAAAGUAGAUUGCGCAUGUCUUGACGUCAUCGCACUCAUUGAAUGGCUGUUUGUUCUAUUCUAUACCCUUGCGUGUUUCUUGUUGCUGAGAAGUAAUGCUAUGAGUUCAGCACCAAACAUUUCAAUAACAAUUUAGCGAAACUGUAUUGGUACAUGUACAGUAACUCAUUUGAGAUUGCUGAGCAUGCGCUGAGCCUACAAGGUGUAUUGUAAUAAUCAAUAUCUAUGCUAUUCAUA